GGACUUCGGCGGAGCUCUUAGAGCGGAUUGGGAGGGGCUUCCGGGCUGAGCGGCGUCAGGCCGGCCCGGAGGUGCCACAGAAAGCAGUGAUGUCGUAAAAGCAGUCUCCAACUGGUCAAUAGAUUUUAAUUCUGGAAGUCCACUUACAGGUUAUUGAAUAAUAUAAGACAUUUAAGAAAAAAUGGAUGAAGAACCAGAAAGAACUAAGCGAUGGGAAGGAGGCUAUGAAAGAACAUGGGAGAUUCUUAAAGAAGAUGAAUCAGGAUCACUUAAAGCUACAAUCGAAGACAUUCUCUUCAAAGCAAAGAGAAAAAGAGUAUUUGAGCACCAUGGACAAGUUCGACUUGGAAUGAUGCGUCAUCUUUAUGUGGUAGUGGAUGGAUCAAGAACAAUGGAAGACCAAGAUUUAAAGCCAAAUAGACUGACAUGUACUUUAAAGUUGUUGGAAUACUUCGUAGAGGAAUAUUUUGAUCAAAAUCCUAUUAGUCAGAUUGGAAUAAUUGUAACAAAGAGUAAAAGAGCAGAAAAACUGACUGAACUAUCAGGAAACCCAAGGAAACACAUAACAUCUUUGAAGAAAGCAGUAGAUAUGACCUGCCAUGGAGAACCAUCUCUUUAUAACUCCUUAAGCAUGGCUAUGCAAACUCUAAAGUUAGUAUUUCACAUUUAUUUUUUACAAUUGAUUUCAAAGUUUUUAAUUUUACUUUUCUUCUUGUUAGGCAUGUACCAUGUUAUUUUAGAUGAAAGCCAUUACAAAGAAUUGCUGACACAUCAUGUUAGUCCUCCUCCCGCUAGCUCGAGUUCUGAAUGCUCACUUAUUCGUAUGGGAUUUCCUCAGCACACCAUUGCAUCUCUGUCUGAUCAAGAUGCAAAACCCUCUUUCAGCAUGGCGCAUUUGGAUAGCAGUACUGAGCCAGGACUCACAUUAGGAGGCUAUUUCUGCCCACAGUGUCGGGCAAAGUACUCUGAGCUUCCAGUUGAAUGUAAAAUCUGUGGUCUGACUUUGGUGUCUGCUCCCCAUUUGGCAAGGUCUUACCAUCAUUUAUUUCCUUUGGAUGCUUUUCAAGAAAUUCUCCUAGAAGAACAUAAUGGAGAAAGGUCUAUGUUUGUGCUGUGUGCCAAAAUGUUUUCUGUGUGGAUUGUGAUGUUUUUGUUCAUGACACUCUCCACUGUUGUCCUGGUUGUAUUCAUAAGAUUCCAACUCCUUCAGGUAUUUGAUUCCAACAUAUAGUGCACACUGUAUGUGUUAAAAAUAAAUUUGUGACUAAAUAAAUGUAAAUAAAACGAUUCUUUAGAAGGAACUCCGAUUAAAAGAUGAAGAACAAUUUGAAAGGAAAAUCUGAUUUAAGAAACACUUUGCUAAGAAAAUGUAGUAUUUUAUUAAAUUAAAAUUUUUGUCCUGUCA